AGUGUAGGAGGUGGAUAAAGAGAGGAGCCUGAGAGACUUCCCACUCCACUGACUUUGGAAAGCUUCACGACCAGCAGCGGUGCAAAGGAUCCAUCACAAGGGACAGGGGACACCACCACCGUCCUGUGCUGAGACUGCCGCGGUUCUCCUGGUCCCAACAUGAGCUUAAGGGCAGUGCUGUCCUUCCUCCUCCUGUCGCUGAGCUGGUCCAAAGGAGCUGUCAUUACCGGAGCUUGUCAGAGAGACAUACAGUGUGAUUUUGUUACGUGCUGCGCAGUAAGUCUAUGGCUGAGGGGUCUGAGGAUAUGCGUCCCUCGAGGCAUGGAGGGGGAUGAGUGCCACCCGCUGAGCCACAAGGUGCCCUACUCCGGCAAGAGGCAGCACCACACCUGUCCCUGUCUUCCUCAUUUGGUGUGCACCAGGUACACUGGAAAUAAGUACAGAUGCACUGAUGACUACAAAAACAUGGACUUUAAAUAAAUAGCCAUGCAUGUAAAUAAUGUCCAACACUUCACUGUAAAGACUUCGUGUUUUAGCAACACUUAGUUCCUCUUGUAUUCCUGAAUUUCUUCUUGGAGCUCAGUUGCACAAUAACAUCUGUGUUGAAUGCAUCCUUGCACACAUCGGAGAGAGAUGACGAUAAACGAGCCAUGGAGGAUACAAAGCACUUUCCACUAAACAGAAUGAAUGUUUGAUAGACGCUUUUGUGAACCAUUAAUG